AUGGAUAAGAAAAGAAGCAACCUAUGGAGUUUUUUUACGCAGACUAAAGACGAUAAAGCAAAAUGUGAUCUUUGUAAUUCGUUGUAUUCAAUAAAAGGCGGCUCCACUACAAAUUUGAAAAAGCAUCUCCUGAAGAAACACAGAUCAACUUAUGAAACCAUCAUUCCAUGCUCCGUGUCAGAUGCAGCGGUUCUGAAAGCUUCUAUACCAUCAACUUCAUCAAAUACUGAAACUACUAAUCCUGUCAUUAAAUCGAUAUCUCUAAGAAAUGAAACCAAUUCGAAGCAGACUAAGUUAAGUACUUUUAUAAGACGUCCUGUAGGUGUAGUUAGAGAAAAAAAAAUUAAUGAUUUAAUUUUUAAAAUGAUAGUUAAAGACCUUCAACCUUUUUCUAUAGUUGAAGACAUGGGUUUUAAAGAUCUUCUUAAAUACUUAGAACCAGGAUUCCAGGGCUGUGGACUCGAGGAGCUGGUAAAAAAAAUAAAAGCCAUUGUGGAACACUUCCACAAGAGUCCAGUAGCUACCAAAAAACUAAUUGCGAUGCAGGAGCAGCUGAGGCCUAAUCAGAAGCCAUUGAAGCUAAAAAUGGACGUUGUCACGAGAUGGAAUAGCACCCUAGACAUGAUAGAGAGAAUUUGUUCACUUCAAGAACCUUUAGAAGCAGCUCUUGGAAUUCUACACAAUCCAGUAGAAAAUCUUUCGGAAGGCGAAUGGCAGACACUGCCAGAAGUAAUAAAAAUUCUUAAGCCAUUUAAGCAACUCACUGAAGAAAUUUCUUCAGAAAAAAAAGUGACUGUUUCAAUGGUCUUGGCUUCCACAGAAAGCAUAAUUAGGGUUUUUGACAAUUUAGGCACAAAUAUUAUUACUGAAAUAGGCAAGAAACUGGCAAACAAGAUAAUAACAGAAUUUAAAAGUAGAUUUAAGAAUUGUUACAGGCACCCAGUUUUAUCUAAAGCAGCGUUGUUAGACCCGCGUUUUAAGAAGCUGGCAUUUAGGUUUGAUGCAUCAAGUUAUGAGUCUGCCAAAGAUGCAUUGAAAACUGAGCUUCAAAACCAGCUAAACCUUCAUAAACAGCAAUCAAUCGAGCCUAAUGAGAACGAAUCCACGCUAGCUCCAUCUACAGGCGAUACCGACACUGAUAACGACUCAUUAUGGAAGGAAUUUGACGCUUUGACAACGUCAGCGUCCGCUUCAAACUCCACAGUUAGCAGCAGCAUAAUUACCAUGAGGCAAUACCUAGAAGAACGCAUUAUUCAUCGAAAUGAGUGCCCUUUGAAGUGGUGGCAGAAGCGGGAAAUUCUAUAUCCUGAACUCUCAAACUUGGCUGAGAAAUAUUUAUCGGUGAUGGCUACCUCGGUAUCAUCUGAAAGAACUUUUUCAAAGUCGGGCCAAAUAUUGAGUGAGAAGCGCAGUUCCAUUAAACCAAAACGAAUGGAAAAGGUUUUAUUUUUAAAUAUGAACCAAAGAUUUUUAGAUAAAGAG